AUGGCCGGUGACAAUGCCUCACAACUGACCGAUAUAACCCCAACGGAGAGUGCGACAAAGCAGCUUGAGUCAAGCCCGGUGAGGAAUGCCGCGCCCGAGGACCAGACCGCAGAGGCAAGCUAUAGCGCAUUGCCGUACAGACAGAAGCUCAUCGCGAUUGCAAUUGCCUCUCUAGCUACCUUUGUUUCUCCCAUGUCUGCCAGCAUCUACUAUCCCGGAAUAGAAGCCGUGGCGAGCGACCUCCGUGUUUCCACAAAUAUGAUCAAUCUGACGAUGACCUCCUUCAAGAUCUGCCAAGGUAUCGCCCCGCUUGUAACGGGCGGGCUGUCCGACCAAAAAGGCCGACGCUGGACUCUUAUUGUCAGCUUAUUCCUUUAUAUUGACACCAAUGUUGCCAUCGCCUUGCAACCCACCUUUGCCGGGUUGCUUGUCCUCCGAUCGUUUCAAAGUAUCUUCAGUAGCAGCAUCGCCAUCGUGGGGUCAGCAAUCACAGCCGAUGUGGCCUCCGGCGCUGAACGGGGGAAAUAUAUGGCCUACACUAUACUCGGAGCAACAGUUGGACCGGCACUCGGUCCCGCUGUCGGGGGAGUCCUGAUCCAGUUCUUCGGUUGGCGCAGCACCCUUUGGGCUCUUGCAAUAUUCGCCUUCACGAUACUCACUGCUGUGCUUAUCUUGUUGCCAGAGACCUGUCGGGCCGUAGUUGGGAAUGGGAGCAUACUUCCUCCCAAAUGGAACCGACCCGUCUCCCAACUCGUAUCUCGAGCUUCUCGUCCAGCCUCGCCUCAAUAUGACACUUUAACCAGCUUCAAAGCAAAACCGGGCCCUUGGAACACCCUAAAGCUCAUGCGGCAAAAGGAGACUGCCGCUACCAUAUGCUUCAGCGCUAUUAUGUAUUCUGGGUACAUCUCCAUCACCACAACACUGCCAUUUGAGUUGGGGAGGCACUACCGCUAUAAUAAUUUGCAGAUCGGGCUGUGCUAUUUGGCAUAUGGCGGAGGCAGCUUUGCCGCGCGUUGGACGGCCGGGCCAUUGACCGAUUGGAACUUUCGACGUCUCGCACGUCGGCUCGGUUUUGGCAUCUUUGCGAGUGGCCUGAAGAAAUACGACCUGGUGGACUUUCCGCUGGAGAAAGCCAGACUCCAGGUUGCGUUCCCUUUUGCGUACAUGGCUUCGAUUUUCGUCGUUGCUUACGGCUGGGUGUUGGAGUACGAAGUGACCGUUGCGGCCUCGUUAGUUAUGCUGUUCUGCAUCGCCCAUGCUCUGGCUGGAAUUACCAGCACACUGACCACGUUGAUCGUUGACUUCCAUCCCGGCCAGCCAGCGUCUGCAUCGGCGGCAGCAAACUUCUUUCGGUGUAUGUUAGGCGCUGGGACAAGUGCCGCUGGGAUGCCGCUGAUCAACCGCACGGGGGUUGGAUGGGCCGGCAACAUACUUGCAUUUAUAUUUGCUGGAUCGAGUCCGCUGCUGUGGACGGUGUAUAUUUUCGGGAACAAGUGGCGCAGGCAACGCCACAGCACAGAAUAG